ACGCACUUCCGCUUUCCGACGACGAUGUCGCCUCUUCUGGAUCGCGCCAUGAAGUGGACAUUGUGCUGAGAAAAAAACGCUACCGAGAAGGAAUGUAAACACGACUAAAACAUGAUCCUUCGCCCAACAGGGACUUAAAGCAGUGUCGCGGGGGAAAGAAUAGAAUAUUCUACUUAGGUUUUGGGCCAUCUUCAGAGCAGUUGCAUGUUCGCUUUCUCCGUAGAUGGUCUCCGGCGAGAGGUGUCUGGCAGCGGACGACGAUAUCUUGGUGAAUAAUAUGAAGGAGAUGAUUGGAGGUUGCUGUGUAUGCUCAGACGAGAGAGGCUGGGCAGAGAACCCACUCGUCUACUGCGAUGGUCAUGGUUGCAAUGUUGCUGUUCACCAAGCUUGCUACGGCAUUGUGCAGGUGCCCACAGGACCCUGGUUCUGCAGGAAGUGUGAGUCUCAAGAAAGAGCUGCCAGAGUGAGGUGUGAGCUGUGUCCCCACAAAGAUGGCGCCCUGAAGAGGACAGACAACGGCGGCUGGGCCCAUGUGGUGUGUGCUCUCUAUAUUCCGGAGGUGGAGUUUGCCAACGUGUCCACUAUGGAACCCAUUGUGCUGCAGUCUGUACCUCACGAUCGCUACAACAAGACGUGCUACAUCUGUGAAGACCAGGGCAGAGAGAGUAAAGCGGCCUCGGGUGCCUGUAUGACCUGUAAUAAACAUGGCUGCCGACAGGCCUUCCACGUCACAUGUGCCCAGUUUGCUGGGUUGCUGUGUGAGGAGCAAGGAUCGGAUGCAGACAAUGUGAAGUACUGUGGAUACUGCAAAUACCACUACAGCAAACUGAAGCAUAAAGAGAGAGACAGGCACAAACUCAAACACAGGAAGAGUCUGGAGCUGGGCACCUCUCUCAUCACCUCCAUCUCCUCCGCAGACAAGGUGAGGGCACUCCUCCUUUCUCUUCCUCUGCCCCACCUCCUCCCCCUCUCUCCUCCUCCACCUCUAGUAGAACAUUGACUU